AUUUUACACGCAAUGGGUUAUCAUUAACGCUGGCCCCUUGUUAUUCCUCUGGUUUACAGUUUGCAUCCAGGACUUGACGAUUGGUCAUCGCUCUUCACUGGCUGUAUACACGAUUGGUCAAUACUGACUUUACUCACUUUUUCUCGUUCGACUUGGGGCACAGCUUAUAAAACGCUGACUCGUAACGGAUACCAGACAUUCUUCAGUGGUCAAUCCAACAGAAAUCACUAUCACUGGCCCUUCAAGUUACCGUACACAGUUGUUGAUUUACCUGCUGGAUCGACCACUUCCAUUGGAGACUCCUCGAUUCGGAUAAGACGAAUUCAAAGAAAAUCUCAAAGUGUUUGUGUUGGAUAAUUACGAGAAUACGGAUUGCUCCAGUUAUCAUGCCUUUCGAGAGAACCAAUGGACAUUCUUCCAAUGGACCACUUACCAGGCCAAACGAGAACGAGUUUUUGCAUACAGCGGUCAAGCAUAUCAGCCAUUCUGCGUAUAGUUUUGAAAUGCUGCUGGAGUCGGCUCAGUAUCUACUGGAUCGUGUGAGCAUCAGGCCGAAAAUUGGAAUCAUUUGUGGAUCUGGAAUGGGCAUAUCUGAACAGAGUGAGUUGUGUCCAGGUUCAAUUGCCGAUUCUCUGACUGACGUAAAGACAUUUCCCUACGAAGAGAUACCGCAUUUUCCGUCGUCAACGGUGAAGGGUCACGUUGGUCAGCUAGUAUUCGGAUAUCUCGAGGAUGUUCCAGUGAUGUGUAUGCAGGGGAGAUUCCACUAUUACGAGGGCUAUCCACUGUGGAAGUGCUCUAUGCCAGUAAGAGUGAUGAAACUGGUGGGUGUGAGCCAUCUCAUAGCGACAAAUGCUGCCGGUGGCCUCAAUUCCAAAUACAAGGUUGGUGACAUCAUGAUGGUGAGGGAUCACGUAAACAUGAUGGGAUUCGCCGGCAACAAUCCACUUCAGGGACCAAACGAUGAUAGGUUUGGACCGAGAUUUCCACCUAUGAACAGAGCGUACAACAAGGAACUCCUCGAGAUUGGCUGCCAAGUUGCCAGUGAGAUGGGAAUUUCAGAUAUAGUACACAGGGGUGUGUAUACUUGUCUUGGAGGGCCCAAUUUCGAAACUGUAGCAGAACUCAAGAUGUUGAGCAUGGUCGGCGUGGAUGCUGUUGGUAUGUCAACGGUUCACGAGGUCAUCACUGCACGUCACUGUGAUCUUCAAGUCUUUGCUUUCAGUCUAAUUACCAAUCAAUGUGUAAUCGACGAUGACUGCCACGACGAGGUGAACCACGAGGAGGUCAUGGACGUUGGUAAAAUGAGACAGCCCCUCCUCCAGGAGUUCGUCCUGCGAAUAGUGCAGCGCAUCAAAACGAAAUUAUCCACGAACUGAACAAUUAAUUGAAACACUCUUAAUUAAUCGCUGCGUUGAAAAGCUCGGAGACCUGUCGGUACUCAGGUGGGAGCCAUCCCAGACUCAUCUCCAAACCUCUCAAAAUCAUGAUAAAUCUCCGCGAAUCGAAGGACGAUUGAAAUGUCUGCAGUUGUCUGGAUUUCAAUGGCUUCAGCGCACAGUGAAAGCAGUCUCCACUGAAUUAAAUUAUUUUCCAGCAUUUAGCUGCUAGGUACAACAUUCUCACCCCUCUCUCCACUUUCCAAUUCAUUCUCAAUCUUUCCACCGGGGUUGAAAGAAUUCCACGAAAUCCCCGCGUAAAUCUUAUUUAAUUUAACGCAUGAUCAGUCACCGAUAGUUGCAGUUGAAAAACGGCUAUUCCUGUGAAUUGAGUUUUUCUAUUUUUUUUUUAACUGGAGAAAAAAGAAAUAAAUCCAAGAGAAGAGGCACAGAAAUUAUCACCCGUGAUCCUUGGGCUCUAAGUUGGCCAUUUUUUUUCAACCCAAGCCCAACCAAUCCCCAUCAUCCAUCGGAACCUUUCGGUGGUAGUGAAGAAAGUAAGAGCGAUGGUGGGCUUCGGAGUGCAACGUAUUCCCUAUCCGUAAUGUCUCGUCUUCUUAUCUCAAUUCAUGGGAGAAAAUUUUCCUCUCGCUACAGACUUUUCUUUCUAUCUGAUCGUUACGCGCGUCUUACUCGUUCUUCAAUUGAUUCGCUGCACGUACAGUACCGGGCCAUCGGUCUAAUAAAGGCGCAGCUUCAACUUCACGGAUGGCUUCACCCAGCCACUUUUCCGGUGGGCCUUAUCUCAUAAACCAAUUCCUCCAGUGUUGGUUCUUUGAAUCGAUGUUAAUUAUUAUUUUGAUAAUCAGUUACUGGGAAUUGUAUUUGACCUCAAGACGAAUAAAAUCAUUGAAUAAAU